GACAACUGAUUGUCAGGAAACAAUUCAUAAAUGGUAGUUGAUGGCACUAUAAAAAGCCCAGUUCAGAAACACUAACAUGUGUUGGGGAGAAAGUAUGUUUUUAUAAUUUUAUAGUGGUUUUGCUGAGUUGUGUUUUUGGCUGGCUAUGGAGGGUACUACCAUCCGACUCUUAAGUUUUUCUUUGGCACUUCUCAGUCUUCGUGUCUGUAGCCAUAUUGGAAGUGUUGAUGGUUUUGUUAAGAGUGUACGUUAUCCUGUAUACAAUGAGGCUGUUUUCCCUGUGAAGGAUGAUGUGAAAUCACAAAGUUUCUACAGCAUCCAACAGGCCCGCUAUCAGCCUGUGUCCCGGCCUAGUGGCCUCCAGUUAACACAAGCCAGCUCACAAUCUGUGUACCAAUCCAGCAGUCAACAGCCAGCCCAAUCUAACUCUCAGUCUGUGGUUAAUCCUGGUGGUGUGCAGUCAGCACAAGCUCACUACCACUCUUUGUCCAGGCCCAGUGGACUGCAGUCAGCAAAAGCCUCUUACCAGUCUGUCUCACGGCCCAUUGAUCUGCUAUCAGCACAAGCCAACUCACAGUCUGGGGAACAGUCCAGUCGCCUGCACUUGGCACAAGCUAGAUACCAGUCUGUGGUCCGGCCUAGUGGUCAACAUCCAGGACAGGCCCGAUACCAGCCUAGUGGCCUGCAGUCUCAACAAUCCCGCUCUCAGUCCAUGUCCAAGCCCAGUGGCCUGCAGUCUGCACAAUCCAGCUUACAGUCUGUAGACCAGUCCAGUGGCUUGCAGUCAGCACCAGCUAGAUACCAACAACUAGGACAGGACUGUUACCAAUCUGUGUCCCGAACCAGUGGACUGCAGUCAGCACAUACCCACUACCCUUCUAUGUCCUGGCCUAUUAGCCUGCAAUCUGCACAAUUCAGCUCACAGUUCGUGGACCAGUCCAGCUUUCAACAACCAGCACAAGCCAGCUCUCAGUCUGUGGACCAGUCCAGCAUCCAACAGCCAGCUGAAUCUAGUUCACAGUCUGUCGACCAGUCCAGCAACAACCAACCAGCCCAAUAUAUCUCCCAGUUGGAUCAGUCCAGUGGCCUGCAGUUAGCACAAGCUAGAUACCAGUCUAUGGUCUGGCCUAGUGGCCAACAACCAGGACAGGCCCGCUUCCAGUCUGUGGUUCAUCCUGGUGGUGUGCAGUCAGCACAAGCUCGCUACCACUCUUCAUCCAGGCCCACUGGCCUGCAGUCAGCAAAAGCCUCUUACCAGUCUGUCUCACAGCCCAUUGGUCUGCUGUCAGCACAAGCCAGCCCACAAUCUGGGGAACAGUCCAGUCCCCUGCAGUUAGCACCAGCUAGAUACCAGUCUGUGGUCUGGCCUAGUGGCCAACAACCUGGACAGGCCCGCUACCAGUCUGUGUCCCAGACCAGUGGACCGCAGUCUGCACAUUCCCGCUACCCUUCUGUGUCCUGGCCUGUUAGCCUGCAGUCUGCACAAGUCAGCUCACAGUCUGUGGACCAGUCCAGCAUUCAACAACCAGCACAAGCGAGCUCUCAGUCUGUGGACCAGUCCAGCAUCCAACAUCCAGCGCCAGCUGAAUCUAGCUCGCAGUCUGUGGACCAGUCCAGUGGCCUAUCGUCAGCACAAGCCAGCUUGCAGACUGUGGACCAGUCCAGCGUCCAACAGCCAACUGAAUCUAGCUCGCAGUCUGUGGACCAGUCCAGUGGCCUAUCGUCAGCACAAGCCAGUUUGCAGACUGUGGACCAGUCCAGUGUUCAACAGCCAACUGAAUAUAGCUUUCAGUCUGUGGACCAAUCCAGCAUCCAACAGCCAACUGAAUCUAGCUUGCAGUCUGUGGACCAGUUCAGUCUCCAACAGCAAGCUGAAAAUAGCUUGCAGUCUGUGGACCAGUCCAGUGGCCUAUUGUCAGCACAAGCUAGCUCACCGUCUGUGGACCAGUCCAGCAUCCAACAGCCAGCUGAAUCUAGCUUGCAGUCUGUGGACCAAUCGAGUGGUCUGUCAGCACAAGCCAGCUCACAGUAUGUGGACCAGUCCAGCAUCCAACAACCAACUGAAUCUAGCUCACAGUCUGUGGACCAGUCCAGCAACAACCAACCAGCCCAACCCGUCUCCCAGUCGGUGGAUCAGUCCAGUGGCCUGCCGUUAGCACAAGCUAGAUACCAGUCUGUGGUUUGGCCUGCUGGUCAACAUCCAGCACAAGCUCACUACCAGUCUGUGUCCCAGCCCAGUGGCCUGCAGUUAGCACAAGCUAGAUACCAGUCUGUGGUCUGGCCUAGUGGCCAACAACCAGGACAGGCCCACUUCCAGUCUGUGGUUCAUCCUGGUGGUGUGCAAUCAGCACAAGCUUGCUACCACUCUUCAUCCAGGCCCACUGGCCUGCAGUCAGCGCAAGCCUCUUACCAGUCUGUCUCACAGCCCAUUGGUCUGCUGUCAGCACAAGCCAGCUCACAAUCUGGAGAACAGUCCAGUCGCCUGCACUUGGCACAAGCUAGAGACCAGUCUGUGGUCUGGCCUAGUGGUCAACAUCCAGGACAGGCCCGAUACCAGCCUAGUGGCCUGCAAUCUGCACAAUCCAGCUCAAAGACUGUAGAACACUCCAAUGGCUUGCAGUUAGCACCAGCUAGAUACCAGUCUGUGCUCUGGCCUAGUGGCCAACAACCAGGACAGGCCCGCUACCAGUCUGUGUCCCAGACCAGUGAACUGCAGUCAGCACAUUCCCGCUACCCUUCUAUGUCCUGGCCUGUCAGCCUGCAGUCUGCACAAGUCAGCUCACAGUCUGUGGACCAGUCCAGCAUUCAACAACCAGCACAAGCCACCUCUCAGUCUGUGGACCAGUCCAGCAUCCAACAGCCAGCUGAAUCUAGCUCCCUGUUUGUGGACCAGUCCAGUGGCCUAUUGUCAGCACAAGCCAGCUCACAGACUGUGGACCAGUCCAGCAUCCAACAGCCAGCUGAAUCUAGCUCGCUGUCUGUGGACCAGUCCAGUGGCCUAUUGUCAGCACAAGCCAGCUUGCAGACUGUGGACCAGUCCAGCAUCCAACAGCCAGCUGAAUCUAGCUCACUGUCUGUGGACCAGUCCAGUGGCCUAUUGUCAGCACAAGCCAGCUCGCAGACUGUGGACCAGUCCAGCAUCCAACAGCCAGCGGAAUCUAGCUCACUGUCUGUGGACCAGUCCAGCAUCCAACACCCAGCUGAAUCUAGCUCACUGUCUGUGGACCAGUCCAGUGGCCUGUCAGCACAAUCCAGCUCACAGUAUGUGGACCAGUCCAGCAUCCAACAACCAACUGAAUCUAGCACACAGUCUGUGGACCAGUCCAGUGGUCUGUCAGCACAAUCCAGCUCACAGUAUGUGGACCAGUCCAGCAUCCAACAACCAGUCCAAUCCAGUUCACAGUCUGUUGACCAGUCCAGCAACAACCAACCAGCCCAACCCAUCUCCCAGACAGUGGAUCAGUCCAGUGGUCUGCAGUUAACACAAGCUAGAUACCAGUCUGUGGUUUGGCCUGCUGGUCAACAUCCAGCACAUGCUCACUACCAGUCUGUGUCCCAGCCCAGUGGCCUGCCGUUAGCACAAGCCAGAUACCAAUCUGUGGUCUGGCCUAGUGGCCAACAAGCAGGACAGGCCCGCUUCCAGUCUGUGGUCCAUCCUGGUGGGAUGCAAUCAGCACAAGCCUCUUAUCAGUCUGUCUCACAGCCCAUUGGUCUGCUAUCAGCACAAGCCAGCUCACAGUCUGGGGAACAGUCGAGUCGCCAGCAGUCAGCACAAGCUAGAUACCAGUCUGUGGUCUGGCCUAGUGGUCAACAUCAAGGACCGGCCCGAUACCAGCCUAGUGGCCUGCAAUCAGAACAAUCCAGCUCAAAGACUGUAGAACACUCCAGUGGCUUGCAGUUAGCACCAGCUAGAUACCAGUCUGUGCUCUGGCCUAGUGGCCAACAACCAGGACAGGCCCGCUACCAGUCUGUGUCCCGGACCAGUGGACUGCAGUCAACACAUUCCCGCUACCCUUUGGUGUCCUGGCCUGUUAGCCUGCAGUCUGGACAAGUCAGCUCACAGUCCGUGGACCAGUCCAACAUCCAUCAGCCAGCUGAAUCUAGCUCGCAGUCUGUGGACCAAUCCAGCGUUCAACAGCCAACUGAAUCUAGCUCGCAGUUUGUGGACCAAUCCAGUGGCCUAUUGUCAGCACAAGCCAGCUCACAGACUGUGGACCAGUCCAGCAUCCAACAGCCAGCUGAAUCUAGCUCGCUGUCUGUGGACCAGUCCAGUGGCCUAUUGUCCGCACAAGCCAGCUCGCAGACUGUGGACCAGUCCAGCAUCCAACAGCCAGCUGAAUCUAGCUCACUGUCUGUGGACCAGUCCAGUGGCCUAUUGUCAGCACAAGCCAGCUCGCAGACUGUGGACCAGUCCAGCAUCCAACAGCCAGCGGAAUCUAGCUCACUGUCUGUGGACCAGUCCAGCAUCCAACACCCAGCUGAAUCUAGCUCACUGUCUGUGGACCAGUCCAGUGGCCUGUCAGCACAAUCCAGCUCACAGUAUGUGGACCAGUCCAGCAUCCAACAACCAACUGAAUCUAGCACACAGUCUGUGGACCAGUCCAGUGGUCUGUCAGCACAAUCCAGCUCACAGUCUGUUGACCAGUCCAGCAACAACCAACCAGCCCAACCCAUCUCCCAGACAGUGGAUCAGUCCAGUGGUCUGCAGUUAACACAAGCUAGAUACCAGUCUGUGGUUUGGCCUGCUGGUCAACAUCCAGCACAUGCUCACUACCAGUCUGUGUCCCAGCCCAGUGGCCUGCCGUUAGCACAAGCCAGAUACCAAUCUGUGGUCUGGCCUAGUGGCCAACAAGCAGGACCGGCCCGCUUCCAGUCUGUGGUCCAUCCUGGUGGGAUGCAAUCAGCACAAGCCUCUUAUCAGUCUGUCUCACAGCCCAUUGGUCUGCUAUCAGCACAAGCCAGCUCACAGUCUGGGGAACAGUCCAGUCGCCGGCAGUCAGCACAAGCUAGAUACCAGUCUGUGGUCUGGCCUAGUGGUCAACAUCAAGGACCGGCCCGAUACCAGCCUAGUGGCCUGCAAUCAGAACAAUCCAGCUCAAAGACUGUAGAACACUCCAGUGGCUUGCAGUUAGCACCAGCUAGAUACCAGUCUGUGCUCUGGCCUAGUGGCCAACAACCAGGACAGGCCCGCUACCAGUCUGUGUCCCGGACCAGUGGACUGCAGUCAACACAUUCCCGCUACCCUUUGGUGUCCUGGCCUGUUAGCCUGCAGUCUGGACAAGUCAGCUCACAGUCCGUGGACCAGUCCAACAUCCAUCAGCCAGCUGAAUCUAGCUCGCAGUCUGUGGACCAAUCCAGCGUUCAACAGCCAACUGAAUCUAGCUCGCAGUCUGUGGACCAGUCCAAUGGCCUAUCGUCAGCACAAGCCAGCUCGCCGUCUGUGGACCAGUCCAGCAUCGAACAGCCAACUGAAUCUAGCUCGCAGUUUGUGGAGCAGUCCAAUGGCCUGUCGUCAGCACAAGCCAGCUCGCCGUCUGUGGACCAGUCCAGCAUCCAACAGCCAACUGAAUCUAGCUCGCAGUCUGUGGACCACUCCAUCCAACAGCCAGCUGAAUCUAGCUCACAGUCUGUGGACCAGUCCAAUGGCUUAUCGUCAGUACAAGCCAGCUCGCCGUCAGUGGACCAGUCCAGCAUCGAGCAGCCAACUGAAUCUAGCUCUCAGUCUGUGGACCAGUCCAAUGGCCUGUCAACACAAGCCAGCUCACAGUCUGUGGACCAGUCCAGCAUCCAACAGCCAGCUGAAUCUAGCUCACAUUCUGUGGACCAGUCCAGUGGUCUGUCAGCUCAAUCCAGCAGUCAACAGCCAGCCCAAUCUAACUCCCAGUCUGUGGUUCCUGCUGGUGAUGUGCAGUCAGCACAAGCUCGCUACCACUCUGUGUCCAGGCCCAGUGGCCUGCAGUUAGCACAAGCUAGAUACCAGUCUGUGGUCUGGCCUAGUGGUCAACUACCGGGACAGGCCCGCUUCCAGUCUGUGGUUCAUCCUAGUGGUGUCCAGUCAGCAGAAGCUCGCUACCACUCUUUGUCCAGGCCCAGUGGUCUGCCGUCAGCACAAGCCAGCAUACAGUCUCGGGAACAGUCCAGUAGCAUGCAGUUAGCACAAGCUAGAUACCAGUCUGUGGUCUGGCCUAGUGGUCAACAUCCAGCACAGUCCCGCUACCAGACUAUUUCCCACCCCAGUGGCCAACAUUCAGCACUAGCCCGCUAUCAGUCAGUGUCCAAACCCAGUGGCAUGCAGUUAGCACAAGCUAGAUACCAGUCUGUGGUCCAUCCUGGUGGUAUGCUGUCAGCACAAGCCCAUUACCAGACUGUGAACCAGCCCAGUAGCUUGCAGUCCACCCAAGCCAGGUCACAGAUUGUGGACCAGUCAGCACUAGCCCGAUAUAAUUCUGUGCCCCAGCCCAUCAGUCUACAGCCAGCACAAGCUCAUUACCAGUCUGUUCACCAACCCAGUGGCCAUCAGUCAGCACAAAACCAUCACAAAUCUGUGUCCCAGCAGCCUGUAUUCCAGGUCUCUCCUAUGUCAGAGCAGUCAAGUUACCGUUAUUUCAGUCUUGGCUCCCAACCUCUGGAGAAACCCAGUAAUGUAGCACUUUCUUCAAGCUCUGAGUCUGUGGUGCAAUCUGUCCAGCCUUGCUUUCAAGAUCCUACAACUCCAUACACUCAGACUACUCAAAACAAGCGUCUUUCACCAGGAAUAUUGAGGUGGCUGCAUCAAGUGAAGUCAUAGCUGCAUACUAAUCUAGUAUUUACUUUGUUUUGAAAAAUAAAUCUUUAUAAAACGGCUUUGUGGUUUUGGUGUUUACUAGGUGGG